AUGACGAACUUGCGAUCUCUCCCUGCGCGGGUGCGGAGGGUGUCCUUUUCACGGAUAUCUGGGAAUGGGUUCUCUACCUCGUCGCGGAGUUACUCCUACGCUGAUACGCUCCCGAACUUGAAGAUCGGGGCGCAUACCAGGGUUCUGUUUCAGGGGUUUACAGGCAAACAGGCCACUGCCAACGUAAAAGAGUCAUUGGCCUGGGGAACGAAGAUUGUCGGAGGCGUAAAGCCAGGAGUUGAAGGCGAGCACCUCGGACUUCCUGUGUUCCCCUCCGUGAAAGCGGCCCAAGAGAAGGCGAAGCCCGAUGCAUCAGCCAUCUACGUACCGGGGAACCAGACAGCGAAGGCAAUUGAAGAAGCCAUUGAAGCUGAGAUUCCUCUCGUCGUGGCCGUGGCGGAGCAUGUGCCUAUCCAUGAUAUUCUCAGAAUCCACUCCAUGCUUCAGACACAGUCCAAAACGAGACUAGUUGGGGCCAAUUGCCCCGGCAUCAUCUCUGCAAUUGGGAAGUGUCGGAUAGGAUUCCAGCCGUUGCCGUGCUUUUCUCCGGGGAAGAUCGGUAUCGUUGCCAAAUCGGGAACUUUAAGCUAUGAGACUGUUGCGUCGACUACACGAGCGGGCCUGGGGCAGAGCCUCUGUAUCAGUAUGGGUGGGGACGUCUUGGCUGGGACUAAUUUCGUCGAUGCCCUGAAGAUCUUUGAGAAUGACCCCGAUACGGAGGGUAUCAUUCUCGUGGGCGAGAUUGGUGGAACGGCGGAGAUUGACGCAGCAGAAUGGAUCAAGGACUACAACAGAAGAACAGCGAAUCCUAAACCGGUCAUGGCCUUAGUUGGUGGAUUGCACGCUCCCCCAGGACGAAUCAUGGGCCACGCGGGUGCAUGGACUGCGAUUGGGGAACCGGAUGCAAACGUGAAGUACCAAGCCCUCGAGCGCGCCGGCGCAGUCAUGGUUAACCACCCAGAGAAGUUCGGCGAAGGAAUGAAGACUCUACUGAAUAGUCGACCACGGGUUCAGAACACGACGUCUACCACCGCCCCAAACCAGAGAAGAAGUCUGCACACAAUGAGACGUGUAUCCCUACAAAAGAGCCAAAGAGCGUCUCCCUCAAACCAGACCCGGUCCCUCUUCAUCAAGCAGUUCCAGGCCCUGGACAUGUUGAAGGAAAAGUCCAUUUCAGUCAACGAAGCAAACCCCUCAGAAUCCGACAUCUUUCUAAAUCUCACGGUCGAUAGAACAGCAUUGUCGCCCUGUGUUAUAGCUUCAACAGCUGCCGAUUUCGAGCCGUUGCACACUGACAAAUUCCCUUUCCCCUACGCCAACACAGACUUCAGCUGCAACUCUCCAAUCAUCAAAUCCAUUGCUUCUCACCUUAAACUCCCCGACACUACACACGAGAAACUAGCAGAAUUAGUCCAAGCACUGUGGCAAAUAUUCAAAGAAAAAGAAGCCUAUCUAUUAGAAGUCCGGGUAAACCCAUCCCCAGAAGGACUGGAAGUCCGAGGCGCACGUUUCGGCUUCGACGACGCGGCAUUCCGAAGCUCAGGACGCCAGAAGGAAGUCCACAGUCUGCGGAACCAGGCAGAAGAAGUGCACGAAGAAGUUGAAGCAGAGAAAGACGGCAUAGUCUACGUAAAAUUACAGGGAGAAGGCAGCAUCGGAACUCUAGUCAACGGCGCCGGGCUCGCAAUGAACACAGUAGAUGCACUCACCAUUCACGGCGGCCAUUGUGCCAAUUUCCUGGAUACAGGAGGCAAGGCAACUUCCGAGACGGUCAAGUCAUCGUUCCGGAUUAUACGUCCGACCCACGGAGACUUGCAUAUGAGUGUGCCGGUGGUCGUGCGAUUGAGGGGGACUAACGAGGAAGAGGGACAGAAAAUGAUCGCUGAGAGUGGGCUUCCGCUUCAUGCCUUUGAUAGCUUUGAAGGGGCUGCGAAGAAGGUGAUCAGCUUAGCGGGGGGAAAGCCAUUGAAUUAG